AUUAUUAAAUUAAAUUUUUAAGUAUGAAUAUUGCUAAUAAAAUUGCCAUAAUAACAGGUUCAACGUCGGGAAUCGGUGAGUCUAUUGCACUUAAACUGUGUUCAAUGGGAGUCCAUCCGGUUAUUUGCGGUCGCGAUAAACAACGCAUCGAUUCUGUUGUCCAAAAGUGUCGGUCACUUUGGCCCGAAUGUCGUGUAUUGGGUGUCAAAUGUGAUCUAUUGAUUGAAUCAGAUGUCGAGUGUUUGAUCACUGAAGUUAACAAUCGGUUUGGCGGUCGACUCGAUAUACUGGUCAACAAUGCCGGCGACUUUUAUGUAACCGAUUUCUGUGAGGACGGCAACGGCGGUCAACACAUCGCUGAAUUGGAUCGGGAAAUGAGUUUUCAGCGAAAUGUUCACCGAUUGACACAACUGUCUGUACCGCUGUUGGAGAAAAAUAACGGUUUAAUAAUCAAUAUAUCGAGUAUUGAUGUUUCGGAUCCAUCUACAAUAAUCAGUGCGAUGACAUAUACUACUAUAGAUAUGUUUACACGUUGUUUGGCUCAACAAUUGAUUGACAAAAAUAUAAAUAUAUUUGGGAUUAGAUGUGGAUCGAUAUGUAAGACAAAAAUGUUUGAUCGUUUCGUAUCCGAUGAAAGUCUUAUGAAAUCAAUUGAAGAGUCGAUACCAUUGAGACGUUUAGGCAAACCAUUGGAUAUCGCAGAAACAGUUGCCUAUUUAGCACUGACUACCAGUGCUCAACAAAAGUUAUUGAAUGGUUAUAUAUGGACUGUUAGCGGGGGAUUAAAUCAUGUUUAA